AUGUUUUCCAAGGCCAUCAUUGCAACCGCUCUCAUCUCCGCCGUUACGGCUCACCAGAACUUCCACCAAUUCUGGGUCAACGAUGAGACACCCGGCUACCAGGUCGGCAUCCGGAUGCCACCUUCCAACAGCCCCGUCACAGACGUAAAGUCGGACGACAUGGCCUGCAACGUCGGUGGCAGCAAGGUGCCUUCUGGCGUUGAGACCGUCGCGGCCGCCGAGGGCGACUCCAUCAAGGUCCAGUGGGACCAAUCCGGCCACCUCGGUCCUAUCACCCACUUCCUCUACGGACCCGUCGACGAUGCGUCCCAGGCUACUGGCAUUGGCGCCGGCUGGUUCAAGAUUGAUGAGCUUGACCAGGUCGAUGGCAAGUGGGCCAACGAAAUCAUGGGGGCGGCCAACAUGACGCACGAGUUCAAGCUGCCCACUGGCCUUGCCAGCGGAGAGUACCUCCUCCGUUCUGAGAUGCUUGCUCUCCACGGUGCUCAGACCGUUGGUGGUGCUCAGUUCUACAUCGGUUGCGCUCAGCUCAAGAUUACCGGAACUGGCAGCAAGGGCGCCUGCGGUCCCACUAUCUCGCUCCCUGGCGCUUACAAGGCUGAGGAUGACAACAUCUACAUCCCCAAUGUGUACAACGGCUUCGACGCCACGAAGUACACUGCUCCCGGUGGCCCUGUCGCCUCCUGCGGUGCUGGCUCCGGCGGCUCUGCCCCCAUCGCCUCGUCCCCAUCCAACGGCACUGCCCCCGCUACUCCUACUGCCCCUGCUUCCGCCGCCCUCUCCUCUGCUGCUGCCACCUCAGUUGCCGCUGAGACUCCUGCUGUCUCGUCUGCUGCCGCUACAUCUACCGCUGCCUCGACACCUGCUGCCUCUGCUACCGCCCCGGCGUCUGGCAGUGCUCUCCCCGAGGAGUUCACCCUCGAGACCUUUAUUGCUUGGCUCAAGGAGCAGGCUGCUUAG